CCCAUGUCCCACACAGCCCCCGCCACAGAGCCUGGGCCCGCCGCCGACCCGGCCCCAGCAACAACUGCUGAAACCUCCCCCUCCGUCACAGCCCCUCCCUCCAUGGAGCUCAGAAAAUUAAAACUCCAGUCCUCCGGCCUAAUCGAAUGGCUGGUGUUCUCCGAGCUCGUGGCCAUGGACGAAGACGAGGAGGGCUUCUCCAAGUCCCUCUUCCAAACCUUUGUCGAGCAGGUUGUCGAGACCUUCCACGAAAUCGACACAAACCUCCAGGCCCGCGACUUGGACAAGCUCCUGGGCCUCGGCCACUACCUCAAGGGCUCCGCCGCGGCCUUGGGCCUCGAAACAAUUUCCGCACAAUGCGAGCGCAUCCAAAACUACGGCAACAAAAUUAACUGCGACGAGUUCGAGCUCAAGGACCCGGCCGUCGACCAGGACUCCGACGACUUCUGGAUCGCUGCCAUCGAGGACGCCUUGGCCAAGGCCCGCAAGGACUUUGCGGCCCUGAAGGAGGUCUUGAACUACUACUUUGACGACGACAUAUGACCCCUUUAAAUAGACGACAUCCCCCCCCCUCCUCCUCCUCCUCCUCACCCUGAGCUCGCACCGCGGCUCCACCCCCCACCACGACCCUCUCCUCUCACCCCUGCCCCCUGCCCCCC